UCGCUGUCGCUGUCGCUGCUGCUGCCCCUGCCACCUGCCAGGGCCGGGCAUCAGUUCAGGAUUUGGUCACUUCUUCGUUUUCCACUGCGCCCAUGGUUCCUCCUGGAGCCAGGGCGGCGGGCCCGGCGGCUCCCGCGUGGUGAGAGGGCGGUCGGGGGGACGAUGAAGGUCCGGCACUGCAGCUCCUGUCUCAGCCACCUCUUGGCCUUCGCCCUCCUGCUGCUGCUAUUGCUGCCAGGAUUGGGAGGGCCUUUGGCUUUGCUGCUGAAGGCGGCCGAGGCCGCUCCGGACCGCGGGCAGAGGACCCCGCCACCCCUUCCCCCAGGCCCCACCGCGGCCCAGUCUCCCGGCCGCGUUCCGGCAGAAGCCGCAGGGCCGCGGGGCGCUGAGGGCGGCAAUGGCAGUAGUCCCCGGGCGGGGCUUUCAGCAGACGACUCCGGAGGGAAGGCGGGGGAAGAAGACUCAGUGGGUGGGAGCCUUGCUGUGAGCCCCAACCCCGGCGACAAGCCUAUGACCCAACGGGCCCUGACCGUGUUGAUGGUGGUGAGCGGCGCCGUGCUGGUGUACUUCGUCGUCAGGACAGUCAGGAUGAGAAGAAGAAACCGAAAGACUAGGAGAUACGGAGUUUUGGACACUAACAUAGAAAACAUGGAGUUGACACCUUUAGAACAAGAUGAUGAGGAUGAUGAUAACACUUUGUUUGAUGCCAAUCAUCCUCGAAGGUAA